AUUAGGGUACAUUGUAGCCACUACUAGAAUUCAUUAAUUCACUGACAAGAAAUCAUGUCAGAAAGAAAGGGAAUCACAUCGGUAAAAUAAGCUUUCAACUUGAAUCAUGUCGGUGAUUUGUUUAUUGAAGAAAGCCGAUACUGAAAUAUGCCCACAAGUAUAGGUUGGGACUGUGGAGGCCUCAAGCUGAGCCUGCAAAGGCAUAAUGAAGGACAGCAGCAAUAUGAUAGAGUCUUUCCAAAGGACAUUUCUUCUCCUUGAGAUGAGAAACCGUUGGAGUUUUGGCCUCAAUGUCUGUAACCCUAUUUAACGGACGGAGUAUAGUGGUUUAGGUCAACAGAUACUGUAAGCAUAUCUCACAGCCUCAAGAAUGUUUUUUCAUUUUGCAUCCAUUUCAAAUGGAGAGCUGCAGUUGGUAUUGGAUGAUUACUUAAUUGAAAAUGGAGGGCUUCUGUUAAAAUUUACACUUUUUUUGGGGGAUAAACUUUGUUUUUCCAU